AGAGAGAAAACACGUUUUGAGGGCUUUUCCAUGUAUUUUGGAAGCAAACAAAGCCCACAAGAGCUAUUAAAGGCAAAGCCGAAGUCCGGUUUGUAAGCAAAGCUUAGUGAAAAUGGAGAAUCACGAGGAACUUUUGAGGGAAGUAUUCGGUGAAUCAUCAGACAGCGAAGACUUGGAUCCUCAAACGAAACAUCAUCAAACCAGAGACCCAAUCCCAUCAUGGGAACAGAUCAAGGAAAUCAAUGGUUUAUGGCUAUGCAGAGGCUUCCUUUCACCUCAACACCAAUCCUCUCUGGUUUCCGCCGUGCUAAACGAAGGGUGGUUCAAGGAAGAUUCUCACAAUCAGGCCAUGAGAUUUGGAGAUCUUCCUGCAUGGGCUAUUGAGCUUUCUAGCUCUAUACGUGAUGCAGUCUUCCUUGAGGAUCACGUAUCUGAACCCAUAAACUCGGUUACCUCCAAUGGGGGCACCAAACCCUGUAUUUUACCAUCAAAUUUAUUGUGGAGAGAACCUCUGUUUGAUCAACUCAUUGUGAAUGUAUACCAUCCAGGUGAGGGAAUCUGUGCUCAUGUCGACCUCAUGCGAUUUGAAGAUGGAAUUGGCAUUUUGUCAUUAGAGUCAUCAUGCGUGAUGCAUUUCACUCGAGUUGAAGAAGGUGGUUCCGACAUUGUGGAGCAUCAUGAAAAUCAUCCACUCACGACCAAGGUUCCUGUUCUAUUGACUCCAGGUUCUCUGGUUAUAAUGUCGAGAGAAGCUCGAUACCUAUGGAAACACGAGAUAAACCGCAAGCCGGGGUUUCAAAUGUGGGAAGGGCAGGAAUUGAUGCAGGAGAGGAGAAUUUCCAUAACCUUGAGAAAGCUGUGCCAGGUCUACUAGCUUAUCAUCAAACAUGUGCUUCUUUGUUUUUUUUCUUUUAAUAGUUCCGUUUACUUAUCCAAUUUUGGACAUUCUCUAGUUCUUCUGUUUGCCAGCUUUGAAUGUGGAACACUAGGGAACGUGUUCCAUGCUUGAAUACUUGAAUGUUUUGGGCUCCUGGGAGUUGAUUGACAUGUGUUUGUGAACACGAAUUGAAGCUUCUUCUUUUUUUCAGAUUGGUGGAAACCAACUAGAGAGCAAAAAAGUUGCCAAAUCUUUUUAUUUUA